UGGCCUCCUUGGCUUCAUAGGCCUUCAUGGCAGCGAAACCAGCGGCUCCACCAAUAAGUUCGUGGCUCCAGCUAGACUUGUGACCUUCAGUGUUGUAGACUUCGUCGUGGUGUUGAGAGAAAGUAUCGAAAAGACCCAUGUUUGAUAUAAUGUGAUUGAUGAGGAUAAAAUGAAGUGCAGAAUGGCCGGGCUUUUAUACUUUGAACAAAGGGUUGGGAGUGGGUGCCCACGCCGAUAGAACCUUAUGUCAUUGGAUGUAUGCAUUAUUGCUGCAUUUGGCAAAUUUUGGUGGUACUACACCUUCAGCCUUCCUAUAUCCACUGCUUGUAACACGUUCUUCCACCUCCAUAUUUUGCCUCGGUCUCCGUUUCCAGCCACAUCGCUUUUCUAUGAAACCAAACCGUAGAAGCCAUCCUAAUAAUUUCCCAAGGAGAAGUGAGUUGAUUUGUUUCAGAUGCCCAAGCAAUUUAACUAUUUGAACCUCCUUUUCCACUAGGAU